UGUGCGCUCAAAUCCAAACAAAUCAACUUUUUACAACUCACUUUUUUUUCUUUGUUAUUUUAAUAUCCAUUUCCAUUACUCUCUCUCUCUCUCUCUCUCUCUCUCUCUCUGUGUAAUUGGAGAGCUUCGUUCUUCUUUGCUGGUUUUCUCUGACGUUGAUCUUCGGCUUGAGGAUUUUCUCUCUGACUUUCAGCUUGGGUGAAAAUUUGGAGUUGGUAGAGGAAGAGCGAAGGGAAAGUGAAAGAAAAUUGUGGAAGAUUUUGAGUUUCUGAAAUCAAGAUGAAGACUGCCUUUUCCUGAUGUGUACUCGCUAAAGGAAUUUCAAAUUCAGAAGAAGAGAUGACAAAGCAUCGCCUGAGGGAUUCUAUAAAGUCCUUAUUUGGGAGUCACAUUGAUUCAGAGAACGAUGAACAGCUGAAAGGAGAUAAAAUAGAAACUGAUGACAAAGUGGAAGAGAUCUUGAAGCUUAUCAAGGAAGAAGCUCGGGAAGAAAGAGACGGUACCCCUGUAGAAAAAUCCAAAAAAGAACCACUUGCUAAACUAGUUAAGGAUUUACACAAACAGUACCAAUCACUCUAUGCACGAUAUGAUCAUCUAACGAGCGAGCUGAGGAAAAAAGCUCAUGGCAAACAAGGAAAUGACAGUGCUUCGUCUAGCUCAGACUCAGAUUCAGAGCAUUCGUCGAAGGAAGGAGUCAGUAAAAACGGACAAUUGGAAAGUGGACGUCAGAAAAUUAGUGAUGGCAUUAAGCAAGAACUUGAAACAGCACAUCUAGAAGUUGCGGACCUGAAGAGGAAUUUGACAACUACCAGUGAAGAGAAGGAAGCUUUAAAUUUGGAAUAUGUUGCAGCUUUGAGCAAGAUACAAGAAGCAGACAAAGCCAUUGCAGAUAUGAAGACUGAAGUUGAAAGGUUAAACAUUGAAAAAUCGGAACUUAUGGUUGAGAAAAGUGAACUGAAUAAAAAGUUGGAGACUGCUGGUAACAUAGAAGCAGAACUGACAGGAGAGAAAGAAACUGCUAUCAGAAGGAUUGAAGAGGGAGAAAAAAUUACAGAAGGCUUGAGGACCAUGGUUGAUCAGCUGAAAGAUGAAAAAAUAAACCUAGCGAAAGAACUAGAAGCAGUUACAAGGGAAGUUUCCAAUAUGAAGCAGCAAGUGUCAGAUUUAAGCCAAAAUCUGAAAGAUUCCAAGGUUGAGAAUAAAUCUUUAACCUUUCAAAUUUCAGGAGUCUCAAAUGAUAUUCAGCAGGCACAGAAGACAAUACAGGAACUCAUGGCUGAUUCGAGUCGGUUAAAGGAGAAAUUGGUUGAGAGGGAAAGAGAACUUUCAAAUCUCAAAGAUACACACGAGGUGCAUGACAAUGAAUCAUCUGCUCAAAUAAAUGGAUUAGAUGCACAAGUAAGAAAGCUGGAACAGGAGCUGGAGUUGUUACGAACCCAGAAAAUAGAUACGGAAGUGCAGAUCGAGAUUAGAGAAAAAGAAUUUUGCCUUAAACAGCAGCAACUUGUAUUUGCCGAAGAGAGAGUUUCGGAUUUAAGCCACACUCUGAAAGCCACCGAGGAAGAGAAUAAAUCUCUAACCUUGAAAGUCUCAGAGAUUUCAAAUGAGGUUCAGCAGGCACAUAACGUGAUACAGGAACUCAAGGCUGAAUCGAGCCAGUUAAAGGAGAAUAUAAUUGAGAGGGAAAGGGAAAUUUCAACUCUUGCUGAGAGGCAUGGGGUGAAUGAGAACGAAUUAUCAGCUCGAAUGAAGGAAUUAUCCCUACAAGUUGCAGGCCUGGAAGUGGAACUGGACUCGGUGCAAAAUGGGAAAAGAGAUAUGGAUGCGCAGAUAGAGAGAAAAGCAACUGAAGCAAAACAACUGAGAGAGGAGAAUAUAGAAAUGCAAGCUCGAAUUUCAGACUUCACAGCACGGAUCAACAAUCUGCUAGUGGAGUUGGAUUCUUUACACACUAAAAAGGGUGAAAUGGAAGAAGAGAUUGUGCGUAGAAGUAUUGAAUUAUCAGCUGUUGCUGAGAGGCAUGGGGUGCAUGAGAAUGGAUUAUCAGCUCAAAUGACGGAAUUAGAGGGACAGGUUGCACACCUGGAAGUACUUCUCAAAAAUGUCGAAGGCCUGAAAAGAGAUAUGGGUGUGCAGAUAGAGACUAAAGCAACUGAAGCAAAACAACUGAGAGAGGAGAAUAUAGAAAUGCAAGCUCGAAUUUCAGAACUUCAAAAUAUUUUGAAGGAGAGAGAAGAAGCAAAUUCUGUUCUCAUGAAGAAACUUGAUGAUAAUGAGAGGGAAUCAUCGUCUAGAGUUGCAGACUUGACAGCACGGAUCAACAAUCUGCUAGCGGACUUGGAUUCUGUCCGCAACCAGAAAAGAGAAUUUGAAGAGCAGAUUGGCGAUAAAGUUCUCGAGAAUGGUCAGUUAAAAGAGGCGAAGGCGGGGCUGCAGGAUAAAAUUAUUGAACUGGAGAAAACAUUAACAGAAAGAGGGUUUGAGUUCUCUGCCAUUGAUGAGAAAUUUAAAAGUGCAGAGAGUGAAGCUUCUGCCCAAAUAAUGGCCUUAGAGGCAAAGAUUAACAGUCUACAACAAGAGUUGGAUUCCUUGCAGACCCAGAAAAAUGAGCUGGAGUUGCAGUUUGAGAGAGAGAAACAGGAACUUUCAGAAAGCCUGACACAAAUGGAGAAUCAAAAAGUUGAGUUGACAAGCAAGAUUACUGAUCAUCAGAGGAUUCUGAAAGAGCAGGAAGAUGCAAACAUGCAGCUAAAUGAGGAAUAUAAACAGCUCGAAGGCCAGCUUCAGGAAUGCAAGUUGAGUCUCAAGGUUGCAGAAAGGAAGAUUGAAGAAACAGCAGAGGAAUUCCGUAACAACAUUGAAUCCAAAGCUCAGGUGGUAGCUGAUUUGGAAGAACUGGCUGAAGUCCUAAGAAGAGAUCUAGAAGUAAAAGCAGAUGAACACAGUACACAGAUCGAGAAUGUCCGCACAAUUGAAUUUCAGCUCCGCCUGUCAAACCAGAAGCUCCGGGUCACUGAACAAGAACUAUCGGAGAAGGAAGAAGAUUUCAGGAUUAAAGAAUUGGGAUUCCAGCAAGAACGUAGAGCCCUUGAAGACAGAAUUGCUACAUUGUCUGGGAUAAUUGCUAGUAACAAUGAAGCUCAUCAAAGGAUGAUAACAGAUAUCUCAGAGAAUGUGAACAGAACAUUAACAGAACUGGCAGAAUUGAUCCAGAAAUUUCAAGAAAACUGUAGAAAUUACGAGAACAGUAUGUCGGGUAUGUCGGCUGAGCUUCACCUUGCGAAGAACUGGGUCACGGAGACAAAUAAGGAUAAAGAAGAGCUAAGUAAGGAGGUAAAACAUCUGGCGGAGCAGCUGCAAGACAAGAUAGAUCAGGAAAUAGCAUUAAGAGAGCAGAUUGAGAAGCUGGUGGUGAAGGCAAGCAAGGAAGAAGAUGAGAUUAUCCUUCUGCGUAGAGCAGUAGAGCAACUCGAGAAGACGGUAGGGGAGUUAGAGAAGAUGAUGAAAGAAAAGGAGGAGGGAAUAUUGGGUAUUGGGGAGGAGAAGAGGGAAGCCAUAAGGCAGCUGUGUGUGUGGAUUGAUUAUCACCGCAGCUGCAACGAUUAUCUCAAGGAAACGCUGUCAAAGGUGACUGGUAGAGGCCAGAGGGCAAGCUAAGUGCCUAAUCACCACCAUUCUAUAUUGCUGUGUAUGUCCUUCUUGGUUUUUCACCAUGAUCGCUUUUGUUGAUUCUUUUUCUUUUCUCGUCAUCUUUUUUUUUUUUGGUUGGCCACUAUGUUGAUAAGCACAUUUUAGGUGAUGCUUGAUAUCAUUGAUCAGCACAUUAUACAAAAUUUGGUUGGAACU